CAGGAUCAGCGUUGAAGCCAGCAGUCGGCUAGGAGCGUUCGUACUGGUUGUUUGAAAUGAACGUCACGGUCGCGUGGAAAGGCUAAAGUUUCCAGUUUUAUUAUAUCUAUCUAGAUCAAUGUGCUACGAUACAAUUGAACGCUAAUCAGUCACUGUUUUGCAUUGCAAAAAGUUUUGGAAAGUUUUAUAAUUUUACUUUCGAAGUUGAUCAACUGAGUAGAGUUUGUAGGAGUUGAGCAGCAAGAUGAACUUCAGUCAUCUUGGGCUGUACGUUUUAUUAGCAACAUCGACCUUCACCUACCAAGUAUUUGGCAGCAAAUACGACUACAGCAAAGUAGUCCAUCUCUCGUUGUUGUUCUAUGAGGCUCAGAGGUCCGGGCAGCUCCCUGCCAACAACCGUAUCCCUUGGAGGGGUGAUUCUAGUCUCAAUGAUAGAGGGCUGAAGGGUGAAGAUUUGACUGGAGGCUACUACGACGCUGGUGACACAGUGAAAUUUGGUUUUACAAUGGCCAGCACCACGACAUUACUAGCAUGGGGAUGUCUUUCAUACAAAGAUGCGUAUAAGGCAGCUGGUGAAUGGAAGGAGGUAUUGAAUGCAUUGAAAUGGGCAACAGACUACUUCAUCAAGUGCCACGUAUCUCCCAAUGAAUUCUACGGACAAGUGGGAGAUUUCACGCUGGAUCACGAAUACUGGGGCCGGCCGGAAGACAUGAAUAUGUCUCGCAAAGCCUACAAAAUCGAUGCCGAACAUCCAGGUUCUGAUUUGGCCGGUGAAACUGCAGCUGCUAUGGCGGCUGUCUCAAUGGUAUUCAAAGAAGAAGACCCCGAAUACUCAGAUUUAUGUUUGGAGCACGCUAAGCAACUCUUCAAGUUUGCAACAACUUACAGAGGUCUCUAUCAUGAAGCUAUAAAGGGAGCGGCGCAGUAUUAUGAAUCCACAGAAUACGGAGAUGAAUUGACUUGGGCUGCCGUGUGGCUCUAUAAAGCAACUGGCGAGAACAACUACAUCGAUGAAGCUGAAUAUUUCUACAUGAGAUUUCGCUUGAAGGACAGACCGAACGAGUUCUACUUCAAUAAAAAAGUAGCUGGAGUGCAGGUACUUUUCGCGCAACUCACCAAACGUGACGAUUAUGUACAGGCUGCAAGGGCGUUCUGUGAUUUUUCUGUUGAUGUACAGAAGAAAACGCCGAAAGGCUUGAUUUAUAUUGAAAAAAUCGGAACACUCUGUCACGCAGCAAAUAUUGCUUUUGUUUGCAUGCAGGCUGCCGAUAUUGGAAUAGAACAAGAAAAAUACAGAGAUUUUGCAAAGAAACAAAUUGAUUACAUUCUUGGUGAUUCUGGACGUAGUUUUGUCAUUGGCUUUGGAGAAAAUUAUCCAAAAAAACCAUUCCAUGCAGGAAGUUCAUGUCCCAUCAAACCAGUGAAAUGCGGCUGGGAAGCAUACAAUUCAACAAAGGAUAAUCCUCAAGUGUUGCAUGGCGCAUUGGUUAGCGGACCUGAUGAAAACGACCUCUAUGAAGAUGCAAGAGAGGAUUAUAUCUAUAAUGAAGUGACCAUUGAUUACAAUGCCGGGUUCCAGUCAGCUGUCGCAGGCCUCCUCCAUCUUGAACUGAAUAAUGACAACUCAUAAAGAUAAAAUAACCUAAUCAUUGAGUUGAGGAUGCACCAAAGAAUUUAUUAAUCAUUUAAGGUCGUACGUUUCGAUAAUGCUUCAUAAUUUCCAAAAAUUAUAUUCGUCUUCAUGUUUUUUUAUUCAAAAUUUAAUGUACAAACCAGAAAAAAAUAUAUACACUAACUGUAAUAUUGCUCAAUUUAUAAUCCAUGGUAUCAAUCUUUAUACAAAAUUCAUGAAAAAUCAGACUUUGGAUAAUUUUAAUCUUAUCAAUACAAUAUAGGUAUUCCACAGAUAGGUAUGUGGCACACCACAGAUUCAUAAAUCAUAUUCAAGUUUAUUCAGUCUAAUAUGAUAAUACUGUGCUUUGAACGACUGCCUAUCUUUCAUUACCAGUAUUAAAUUUUAACAUGUUGUGUCAAAGAGAGUAAGAAAUAUAAUAUAGUUUACAUUAAUUUUUAUUUUUUGGUCAUUAUGCCAAUUAUGUAUGAUGGAUAAAAAUUAUUCAUGAUGUUAUGAAAAGUGGCUGCAGCUAUUUUAUAUAGAAGUUGUUUUUAAAGUUUUUUAAAGUAAUUUUUAAUCGAUUAUUUACUGGGUGAAGUACCAGUAUGUUAUUCAAUAGCAAAUCAAUAAUUUUUGCAUUAUUUUACUUUCCUUCCAAUAAUUUUAAUUUUAUUUAAUUUUUAUCAAAAUGUUAAUAUUGCGAAAAUACUCAAAUGAAGACUAUACCCAUUACCAAGAACAAAUUGUAUUUGCUUAAACACUUCCUUCUGCUUCCACUUCCUUUUGGUCUCACAUAAAAUGUGUUUUUCUUUAUUAAUUCAUUCUGAUCAUGUAAAUAACGAAUUUCGCCAAUAAAAAUUGAAAAGUAUUGUG